AUUCGCUGAGAAGUUCACACGAGUGGUUACAGUGUUAUUAUUCUCAUUGAUUAGAUUUUUUUGCGAAUGUGAUUAACAGAGAGUGAGUGUACAUGGUGACACCCAGCUGAUCUCGUCUGGGCAUCGACAAUCAGCAUCAAGAUGCACAAGAUAAGACUGUACGUUGUGCCAGAGCAAGAGGAGACAACCGAGAAUGACGAUCCGAAUGAUAUCGAUCUUCCACCGAUGUUAAAUCGCAGAAAUUCCCGACGACCGGGUGCUGUGCGUGUCAACGUACUCCAAAAAACCACCACCGAAUCCAAUGAUAGUGACAUAAAACUAGUAGAAGUCAUCAAACAAGAUCUUCACCAGAGGAAUAACCAAAAUCUUCGUAAUAAUUCAUCCAAAGGCCCAUUACGUGCCGCAUCUUUAUCAAACGCUCGUGUUCUGGCAUCACCCCGUAUCAAGAAGAUCGCUCAUGAUCUCCAGGAGAAGAUGCUCCAGAGCUCGGGCAAUCGUUCACGUAAUGAGAAUAAUAAUCGUAAAAUAGAGGGAUCAAGAGUCGUGAUAAAGCAUUCACGAAUUGAAAGAAAUACCAGUGGUAUAUCAAAUGCCGGAUAUAAAAGAGCAGCUAGAGAGUGUCCAAGGAGUCACUGUCGAAAGGAUCAGUACCAAACUGGACACUCGCCAAAAAUUGUUCGAGUCAAAGACGAAGUAGACGGAAUGGAAAAUAGAGAUGGGAUUGGAAAUUCCAAUGACGCCAACUUGGCUGCACUAGGUAGAAACAACAAGCUUAACGGAUACAGAGAGUAUGAUCUCGAGCAGAAGAUCGAGGUGGAGAUUAAGAUGCGAGAGGGAUCGGCGAGACUUUUGGCAGCGGCGAGACAUAGAGCUCAGAGUCUGGAAGCUGCUAGGGCUCUUCUCACAUCAAACGAGAGGAUGUCCGCUUAUAUGGCUGAGUUGCAACGCCGUAAAAAGGAACCCAUCAGUAAACCCAGCAAUCCUGCGAGCACAGCAAGGGUAUCACUCUCUGAGCUGAGAGUACCACUGAUGUGGAGGGACUCUGAUCAUUUUAAAAAUCGCGGUGACUACAGACGUUUCGCUGUAUUUUGCCUGGCGCGAAUUGGCACUGAAAUACAUGACACUGCUUUACUCUGUCCCGUUGAUCGGGCCCUUACUGAUAUCACAUUUCCAGAUGUUCUACUCUUCAAUAAUGUGCCAGCAGAUUUUGAACUGACACUAGAAAUCUACAGUCACAUCCUCCAAGAAGACCUGAGUAUCGCGAGUACUCCUCGCAGGAUCAAACGUACAAUCCACUCCUCGAUUUCCAAAACAGUCGGAAAAAAAUUGGCAGCAUCUCUUCGGGACGAAUUGAACUCGGGAAAAAUCGGUCCCCAUUUUGAGCUCAUGGCCUCUGCAAAAUUGACUCUAGAUGACACAGACGAGAAUAUCCACACGCACGAUUUAGUUAUCAAUAAUCUCGAGAAUAAACAUCAUGCUCUACCACUCUUCGGACACUUCUGCUGUCGUCUAGCUGCACAACCCGACUGCAUGACGAAAGAAAUUACAACAGGAAGUGUUAAUAUCAAUGGGAGGGACUGCUGGGCUCGUCUCCAAAAUUUUAAUAUUCAGAGCUGGGAGUCGAGGAAAUUGGCUGAGGGCGAGCAGAAUCCGAUUUUUACGAUACCGAUCAAUAAAGAGACGUCAAUUCAGCCCACGAAAUGUCAAAAAGAGGUAAAAGUGAUUAACACGUCAGAGGGCACGGAGAAGCCGUCAAUCCUAAAGUUUGAGUCAUCAGAAGAGGCUCAAAAGUGGUUGAGGCACUUGACAGUUCACUCGAAGGAUCACGAGAGAUGGAAACAUGCAGCUGAGACAGUCCAAGAGGUUCCUUGCAUGGAGAGUGCACGAAAUUCCUUCAUAAGCAGCAAGAGACAAGGAUCUCUGUACGAUGAGACACCUCUGAUUGAGUCGGUCCAAUCGGACUACACAUCCCACUCGAGGCCAACAGUUCAGGAGAUCUUUGGCCUGACUCCCAGCACGAGUUUGAGCAGCUGCAGCUCAAACAGUCCCCCAAGUCAUCGCUCUCGAUCCCACAGCACCAGUGGCUCAAGAAAAUUGAGCGCUGCUGCCAUUAAAUCUCACUGGCCAUUUUCCAAUAAGCAUCAUGAUUAAAAUAAGCAGUUUUGAGGGUAGAUAAUCUCGACCAGCUUUUCGUGAGCCACGAUAAUACUCAAAUUAAUGAAAAUUAUAAUAACGAUGCAAUUAUGCAAUUCCAAGGUUCAGAAAUAUCCUGAAAUAUUUCAUUGCAUUUUUCUCCCCCAAGACUGAAUCGAUCGACUAAAUUGAGAUCUGAUUGAUGAUUUAUUCAUUCGUAGAUUUAAUCCUCUCGCCAUAUUCAUUUGAUUGAUUGAUUUAAUGUUGAUUGGUUGAAUUAAGGAUUCUUUCUCGGUAUUCCGGGAUUUUUCAAGUUUCAGGAAUUAUUCUCUAAUUGUUCUCCAGUAGAGUAGGGGUUGACUUUAGAUGAUGGAAAUUUUUAUUUCCAGAAAAUUUCAGGUCGUAAUGAUUGACAAUCUAAUGAUGAAUUAGUGGAGUGGGAGAUGAGAGGUUUUGAGAUAUUUUUUGAGAGAAAAAAGAACGAAAAAUGGUUUUCCAGCAGAAUAUCGAAAGAAAAAUGUUCGAGACGUUUUGUCAUUCAAUUAAAAAAGCAUUCGACAAUAAUUUGAUGUUUAAUGAAGAAUUUAAAUCAAUAGUCGAAUUAGUCGUUAAUGAAUAAUAUUGAGAGAAUAGUCAAUACAAAUCAUUCUCUCAAUUCUAUAAUUUUCAGAGUAUUCUCAAAAACUCAUUUCCCUACAUUCCCUACAGAGUAACAAUUACAUUUUUUUUACAAAAAAUAGAUUUUACACCCGUUGAAUUGGAAUUUUGUGACUUCUGAGUUUUCAUUUUUGUAUAUUAUAACGAGUGAGGAUGUUCAUCUCGUUUGAACCGUGAAUUAUCAAACGGUUGAGUCAAUGUAGCAAUAUAGAUUGAUCCUAAUAUUUAAGAGAUGAAUUAGAGAUUUUUAUUGGUGAAUAUUAACCUUCGGCAGAGAAAUCCAUUUGGAAAAAUGUAAAAAACGUUUAACCGAUGUGUUAUAAUAAAUAUAAUAACCAUUA